AUGAUGAGAAUGUCUUCUUCUACAUUUCCUCUCCCUCUAAACCCUAAACCUUUUUCUUUCCAUAAGCCACCUCACACUCUAUGUCCACUCCUAUUCUCCAAACACAAAACAGUAAUCUCCUCACGCUCUCUUUCAAAAUCUCAGUACAUCUGCUUCUCUUCUAAUCCAGACCGAGAAGAAUUCCUGUGGCUCCGAGAGGAACAGCGGUGGCUACGCGAAGAGGAACGGUGGCUCCGUGAAGAGCAGCGUUGGACUCGCGAGAGAGAAUCGCUUCUCAACGAAAUACAAUCCUUAAAGCUUCAAAUUGAAGCUCUAGAGAAUCGUAUUUCAAUCCUUCAACGAGGAGGAGGAGGAGGAGACGAUAUGCUAGCCAAAGUAGGGGUGUUGCUACAGGUUUUGAAAGACAAGAAUAAUGGUAAUAAUAAUAAUAACGAUUUGAUAGCAGAGAGUGCGUCCGGUGCGAGACCGAUUGUGUUGGAGGAGAAGGUGCAAGAACAGAAGGAAGUGAUUGGAAAAGUUUUGGAGAAGAGGAGAACUCUGAGGAAAGGAAGCGAAGGAGAAGAAGUAAAAGACAUGCAGGAAGCUUUGCUAAAGUUGGGGUUUUACUCAGGGGAAGAAGACAUGGAAUAUUCCAGCUUCUCAAGUGGGACUGAACGUGCUGUGAAGACCUGGCAAGCAUCAUUAGGUGCCUCUGAAGAUGGAAUAAUGACAACCGAGCUCCUUGAAAGGUUGUAUAUGGAGCAACACAUUGAGGGUCCUAUGUCAAGCAUUAGUGCAAAUCAAAAGAGAAGCACUCAAACUGUUCCAGAAAAGGAAGGUGGCAAUGGAGCUGCUGUUGCUUCUGUAACAGAAAUCUCAGAUAUACAGAAGAAAGUGGUGAAAGAAGAAGGCAUAACAGAAGUCGAGGUAUCGCAUCAAAGAGUAUUUCUUCUUGGGGAGAAUCGGUGGGAAGAACCUUCUAGACUUAAUGGCAGAAACAAACAAGUUAGUGGGAGCAAAGCCAAGGAUUCUGCAAAACAGUGCCUUACAUGUCGUGGGGAGGGUCGUUUGUUGUGCACAGAAUGUGAUGGUACAGGUGAGCCAAAUGUGGAGCCACAGGCCUCACAAUCGAAUUCUACGCUGCAGUUUUUGGAAUGGGUAGACGAGGGAGCAAAGUGUCCAUACUGUGAAGGCCUUGGGUAUACAAUUUGUGAUAACAUGGGAUCAAACAAUUGUGGUACUCCUAUGGGUGUUUUGGCUAAAGCUUGGUUAUAUAGCAUCGGAAAGAACAAUCCUUUGGUUGACAGGUUGGUUGAGAUCGAAAACAAACAUUAG